UGUAUGGCCUCAAAAAGUUAGCCCAGCCCAGAUCCUCUGAUGCUGCGUGCCAUUCUCGGCCGUUCUAGUUCUCAUCUCGGUUCUUUCUGUCCAUAGCUCACAGAUUACUGUAAUCGCAUAAUUAUCUCCGGCGAAGGUAUUUUCACUCAACGCUUGUGACGACAAGUCUGAGAGGGAAUUUGUAUUUACCUGCAGUUCUGGUAGGUAGUGAUGGACAACAUUGUAGAUGCUUUGAGUACUGCAUAUAAGGAGUUUGUUGCAGCGGCUGCUAAUGUGCUUGAGGCCAAGGAAACUACAGGUGGCCAGAAAACAGUGGCCACAGAUGCAGCCCUAGAGAACUUUAAACAGAGGUGGGAAUUGUUUAGGGUGGCUUGUGAUCAAGCCGAGGAGUUUGUGGAGUCCGUAAAGCAAAGGAUAGGGUCAGAGUGUUUGGUUGAUGAGGCCACUGGCUCUGUUGUUGGGAAGUCAGGUCAGGCUGCCACAACUGGUCUUCCACCAAUAAGUGCUGUUCGGUUGGAGCAGAUGAGUAAAGCUGUUCGGUGGCUUGUAAUUGAGUUGCAGAACGGAGGAACAGCCGGUGGUUCACUGCAUGUGCAUCCUUCUGUUCCUUUUGACACCAGGUUCUCUGAAGAUGGUGCUCAAUAGGUACUUAUGUAUAGUUCUCUCCGAAACAGACAGUACUUGUUACAGAUUGUGCUGGAAAAUGAAUUUUAUUCUCUACAUUGUUCUGAACGUAGAGUUAGCUUGGAGAUAGAAUUUGCCAAGAACAGAUGUACUUAUUGCACUCUGAUGAUAAAAAUAGUGUAUUUUGAUGACUUUUCAUGAUAGGAAAUUUCCAGUGUCCCUCUAAAAUGGAGUAAAUGAUUGAAAAUUGUCUCUUCAGUAAGCAAGAAAAAGAUGAGACUCUUUUGUUUCUCUUAAAGUACCGAUUUUAAUGUGUGGAUGCCAGUUAAUGUCUCGUUGCCUUCAGUAAAAUAGGAUUUUUUUCUCAA